CUCCUGCCCUCGGCAACGCCCCUGCCUGUCCAGGCCACACACCCCGGCCCAGAAGGCCCUGCCAGAACCAACCCUUCUCAUCAGGAGCCAAGUCUGCAGUGGCAGUCAGCCUGCACGAUGAGUGCCCCCGCCGCGACCCCCAUCUUCGUGCCUGGUGAGAACUGCAGGCCUGCGUGGCUGGAGGCACCCGCGUCCUAUGACGCGUCAGACACGCAACUGCAGAUCCUGGGCAAGCCCGUGAUGGAGCGCUGGGAGACACCCUACAUGCAUGCGCUGGCGGCGGCCGCCACCUCCAGAGGGGGUCGGGUCCUGGAGGUGGGCUUCGGCAUGGCCAUUGCAGCCACCAAGGUGCAGGAAGCCACCAUCGAUGAGCACUGGAUCAUUGAAUGCAAUGACGGCGUCUUCCAGCGGCUCCAGGACUGGGCUCAGCAGCAGCCACAUAAGGUGGUUCCUUUGAAAGGCCUGUGGGAAGAGGUGGCACCCACUCUGCCAGAUGGUCACUUUGAUGGGAUCCUGUACGACACUUACCCGCUGUCUGAGGAAACCUGGCACACGCACCAGUUCAACUUCAUCAGAGUAGGACCUCGCAGGGGUGGGGUCUGCAGCCCCCUGCAAGGGGGGUCAGCUGGGUGGAGGCAUCUACCAUCCACAUACAGGGUAUCCCUCUUCCCACUUCAUUCUUGGAUCUUCCUGACCUCCAACCCUCUCCUAGGCCCACGCUUUUCGCCUGCUGAAGACGGGGGGCAUCCUCACCUACUGCAACCUUACCUCCUGGGGGGAGCUGAUGAAGUCCAAGUACUCCAACAUCACUACCAUGUUCGAGGAGACGCAGGUGCCAGCGCUGCUGAAGGCAGGCUUCCGGAAGGAAAACAUCCAUACGCAGGUGAUGGAGCUGGUCCCACCUGCCAACUGCCGCUACUAUGCCUUCCCACAGAUGAUCACACCCCUGGUCACCAAGCACUAAGUCUGGUGGCCCCAGGCUGUCACCUAUGGCCCCCCCACCCCCCAGUGCCUUUGUGACCAGGAGCUCAGGCUCCAGCCUUACGGCCCAGGUUCUAACUGAAGCAGCACCAGCUGUGUGACCCUGGCCACCUUCCCUAACCUCUGCAAGGGGACUAACACCAGCCUCUUUCCAGGGUCAGGGGGAUAAAAUAAAUGCUGACACUGGGCUGGCCAAUCAGCAGCCUGAUGUGCAAGUACACUCUCACUCACUCCUCUUGUCCCUCCAGAAAAAGAAAUCUGUUAAAUGAACCUUCAGGGAGUCAGUGGGCAAGCUCUCGGCUCCACUGUGUAGCCUAUGAACCCCAUCCUGUCCAUGGGAGACAUCACCAAUCAGUCAUCUAUGGCUCUUUCCCCUAGCCAGCCAGGACAGCUGCCCCUCCUUCCCUGUGGCUGGCAGCUGGGGUCCAGGGGCAUACAGAACUAGGUCAGGACUGCAGGGAAUACAGCAGCUCCAGGCCCAGGUCCUUGGGCUACUGAGAAGGGUCUCUGGUCCCACCUAGUCAGAGUGAACCACAAAAUAAAGCAAAACCUUUACAUCUGGACUCUCACAGGAUCCUCA